AUGGGCGACUUUUUUACCCUCCACGAAGAGCCUCGAAGGCCUGCGGGGAUACCUCCUAUUGGACGGCCUCUCCCCCCACAACGUCCUGUUCAGAAUACCGAUGCCAUCCACCCACAGACGAGAACCACCCGGUAUCACGAUGGACCGGUCCUGACCCAACAGAUUGGGAAUCCAAUCAUCGCUAGACACACUAUGCCAUCCAUCACCCCUGCAGCUGUUAGCUCAGAUCUUCGAGAAGAGACACCAUUCACCGCCGAGGAGAUGUAUGACGAACUCACUCGUUGGUAUGUUGUUCGCUUUGAAAAGGUUCCAGUUGGCAAGAGACUCGGAUGGGAGAUUGUUAAGCGGAUAGAUGUGCCUGAGACAUCCAGUGAUCAGGUCGUCUCGAAGGUGCGGGAGCUCAACAGAACCACCGUUCCAGUCCUUCACAAGCUGAACGACCUGGACGCGGAUGUCCUCGACCAGAUAAACACGGUGCAAAAGGAGGUUCAGCAGUUGUUCGGUUACUAUUUCCAGACCGAAGUGGCCCAGAUUGAAGAUAGGGUUUGGGUUGUGGUGAAGGAGAAGACCUCUAGAGAGCGCGGCAGGGGGUAUGAGCGAGAUCCCAAGGGCUCAAAGCACCAUCACCGUGGCCGACACUCGGACAAGAGGUCAAAGUCGAGAGGAGCGCCCGUCUCUCGCUCGAGAGAGAGGAAGGAGGAACGGACCAGCGUCACGGCCUAUUACAAGACCGCACCCAAACCCGGGGUGGAUCUGCAUAUGCUCAUGUAUGGCAAAGCUGAAGAGCCUUCGACAAGGCCAAGAUAUGCCUACCAGAAUGAGGUGCGAGAGGAGGGUCAUGUGCGAUUCCAGGUGCCUGCUCAAGGCCUCCCCCAGCAUCACCAGCAACAACCGCAACAUGGUCAACACUCUUCAUCCCUUCCGCACCCUCAGCAUCGCCAGGACCACGGCCCACCACAGCACCAACAUCAGCAUGUCCCGCCUGGUGACCGGCAGUUCGGCCAAACACCCCAGCCUCCGCUUCAAGCUCCACGGAAUGCGCCACACCAGGCGGGAGCAAACAUCAUAAAUCGAGGCGAGAGCCCGGGUGUUCAAGGCCGACCACCAAUGCCACCGCAGGGGUAUUCGCAAGGCCUUCCGCAAGGCCACCCUCAGGGGCAUCCUCAUGGACAUACUCAAGGGUAUCAACAAGGAAAGCCACAAGGAGAUCAGCAAGCCCACUACCGACCUCCAGUUCAAGGUCAAGUCCAACCAAGGCCUGUCUCCUUACAGCAAGGCCAUCCCCAAGUUCAAACGGCCCAGGGCCAGCGGCAGACGGAAUACCGAGGGAAUGGUGGCCCUAUCGUUACUGUAACACACACCCCCCACAAGCCUGGUAUCCUGAAGCAACACCCCACUGAACAGGGCCUUCCACAACGCCGUGCAUCCUUAACUCCCCAUUUUGCAUAUCCUCCCGACAGUCCGAGUACAGACGAGUCUCUGGUAGCUGAAGUCUUCAGCGAGGACGAGGAAGAUUACGAUUCAGACACUGCUGUGUCCGAGGAAUCUUUUCCCGAAAACCUUCAGUUCGCUGGACCAAGAAAGCCGAACAAUGUGGUUGUGAACAACCCUUCCCCCCAGCCCCGCUUCACGGAGAACACAGCGCAUGGUAUGCCACCCAAGUUCCCGCGACAAAUGCCGGUGCAGCCAAUGAUGCAGCAGCAACCACAGCAACGUCACGUCGUUAAAGGGCGACGACAUUCGGUCAGCAACCACAUGGCGACAGAGCGCAUGUAUGCCCCAACGCCGCCUCCGCUCUUUCCCAUGAAAGAGCGUCCGCGGGUCGAUGUCCAAGAGAUUGAGAAGAAUGCCUAUGAGGCAGGAAGAGCUGAUGCUCAGGAAGAAGCAUUCAAGCUAGCCGAGCGUCUGACUGCGGCAGCCAAGCCCCAAAUCAUCCUCCCAGAGAGGAGUCGCCCUCAAUCUCCGCCACAAGUUCUGCGACAUCAGUCCCCGGCUCCAACACAGCCAGUUCGCCGAAUCACCUUGCCCCUUCAAACACCCCAUUCUGGAGUAAGGCGGGUCCAGGGAAUGGAAGCAAGACGUGAAAGCUUUGUUCCAACCUCGCCUCUUGACCGAUAUGAGUCGGGCAGGACAGCGGACCGAAGACGGAGCAGCUUCGUCGAUCGAGACACUGACCGGCACCGGGAUGAUGGUACUGAAUAUGUCGUCGAGUACGGCACUGGUGCCUAUGAUUCAGACGUCUUUGACGAGGAGGAGAUGUAUGAGGAGCGUCAGCGUGGCUCCGGAGUAUACCGCCGUGCAUCCCCGGUCUCUUAUGCUCCCAAGGCCGACAGGCUCAGACGUCCGUCUGUUCACAAUGACGGAGAUAGACAAUAUGAGACUGUGCGGGUGCGAUUAGGAGCUGACCGGCUGCCUAGUCGGGAGGAUGAUCCAGUGUACGCGAGAGAUCGCGAGGGAGACCGGGGCGAUUUUGUCAAGAGACAUGACAGGAGAGACUCUGGGGUAGAUGUAGGUGGUUUUCGAUAUGAGGGCCUGAGGCCCGGGUUGGCGAAGAGGACCGCGACAUACCCUGCAAGGUAUUCCCGGGACCAUUAA